AUGGAUCAGAACGAGAAGGCAUUCCAGAAGCAGGAUGCCGUCUUCAUUGGCUCCAAGCGCCUGACUGGAAAGAAGACCAAGAAGGCCGCCCGCUACUGGCGCACUGUGGGUCUUGGCUUCGCCACACCCAAGGAAGCCAAGGAGGGGAACUUCGUUGACAAGAAGUGCCCCUUCACCGGGAACGUCAGCAUCCGCGGAGCUGUCCUGAAGGGCAUGGUCAUCUCGACGAAGAUGAAGCGCACCAUCGUGAUCCGCCGCAACUACCUCCACUACAUCAAGAAGUUCAAUCGGUUCGAGAAGCGCCACAGCAACCUUCCAGUCCACUGCUCCCCAGCAUUCGAGCCGAAGGAGGGUGACAUCGUGACUGCCGGCCAGUGCCGACCACUGGCUAAGACGGUUCGCUUCAACGUCCUUAAGGUCGACAAGAACCAGAUCUUCGGCUCCGCCCGAAAGCAGUUCGUCAACAACAUGGAUCAGAACGAGAAGGCGUUCCAGAAGCAGGAUGCCGUCUUCAUUGGCUCCAAGCGCCUGACUGGAAAGAAGACCAAGAAGGCCGCGCGCUACUGGCGCACCGUGGGUCUCGGCUUCGCGACACCCAAGGAAGCCAAGGAGGGGAACUUCGUUGACAAGAAGUGCCCUUUCACCGGGAACGUCAGCAUCCGCGGAGCUGUCCUGAAGGGCAUGGUCAUCUCGACGAAGAUGAAGCGCACCAUCGUGAUCCGCCGCAACUACCUCCACUACAUCAAGAAGUUCAAUCGGUUCGAGAAGCGCCACAGCAACCUUCCAGUCCACUGCUCCCCAGCAUUUGAGCCGAAGGAGGGUGACAUCGUGACUGCCGGCCAGUGCCGACCACUGGCAAAGACGGUUCGCUUCAACGUCCUCAAGGUCGACAAGAACCAGAUCUUCGGCUCCGCCCGAAAGCAGUUCGCCCUGUUCUGA